CUUCUUACAAAAUCUUGAAAACAAAUGCAUAACCACCAACCAAAAUAACAACACAAUGUGAAAGUGUGAAGAAGUUGCAAAGCAAAACAAUGGAAACAUGUUCAUUUCCAAGAAUAGUACUAUCAUCCCCUUUACCUUCAUUAACCUCAAAAAACAAACAUUCCCUUCACUCCCAAAUUCACAAAUCUAAACAACACCACAAAAAAAUCACACCACUUUUUGCAACACUCAAUUCUCCUAAAGGUUUUGGACCUUCACCUAAGAAGCUUACCAAGAAACCAAAACAACAAAAACAAGAAGAUGAACAAGAAGAUGAUGGGGAUCAAGAAGGAGGUGUUAUACCAGAGAUAGUAACUAAUAGAAUGAUAACAAGAAUGGGAUAUUCAGUUGGUAUACCUUUGUUUAUUGGCUUGUUGUUUUUUCCUUUCUUUUAUUAUCUUAAGGUUGGUUUAAAGAUUGAUGUGCCUACUUGGGUGCCAUUUAUUGUGUCAUUUGUGUUCUUUGGGACAGCUUUAUUGGGAGUUAGUUAUGGUAUAGUUUCAUCUAGUUGGGAUCCUAUGAGAGAAGGAUCAACUUUGGGUUGGAAUGAAGCUAAGAAGAAUUGGCCUGUUUUUUGGCAAUCAAUUUGGGGUGGUGGUGGAUCAACAAAGAAGUAGGAUUUUCUUUUGGGUGGGGGAUCUAUAAAUGUAUUUUUGUUUGAGUGUACUUUUAUCUUGAUCUUAUUAUAGCAUGCAAAGUUUGCUGUCG